UGCUCAUUAAAAUUUGAUUAUGAUUUUCUUAGCUGUCAUUUUCUUACUUGUAUAGACUUGAGUUAAUUUGUCAUUGUUUAUAUUUCCUUAUCUGUUUCAGUUACCCUUUUCUGGCUCAGGAAAGCUGACCUGACAGAGACUAGGACAGGAAGGUUCCAUCUUCUGUUCUUACUGGUCCUGCUUUGUGCUAUUUUGAUGAUCCACAUUUAUUUGAAGGGCAUAGUUGGGCUAUAGAUUUGACAUGUAAGAGGACAGGCUUCAGUAAGUCUUUCUGAAGCCCUCUAGCAUACCAUGAAGAUCCUACACAUGCUCUGGACAGAUUGAGGUGCUUAACUUACAUUCCAGAGACCUCUGAAGAACAAAGCCGUCACUGCACUAUGAGUGAAAGCAAGCAGGUCCUUGGAGAACGUGCUGCACUAGCUAACUGUGAAUUAAGCACAGAAGAAAACUGACUGUUGGAACAGUGGAGAAGUGCUCACGGUUGACCUUGCUGGAGUCUGGAGAAUGGAGAUCUCAGAGUUGGUGGAAGGGACUCGGUGAAGAUUGCAGGCCACAGAGGAUGCAGACCUGAACUGUUUCUGAUAUCUUCCCCUGAUCUCCCAUACAUAUAGUGGCAACGGGCCAAGCAGCAUUACUGCAGCCUGCAGGCCAAUGGAUGAACUGGACAAUGAUUUUAAAGAAUUGUGGGCAAAUCUUUUGGGUAGGGCGAAGAAAAAAGCUGAGGAUGCUGAGGCAGCCAAGAGGGUUCAGAACAGGACAAAGAACACUGCGACAAGAAGCAAAUUAAAAAGAGGCAAAGCUGCUGCUAAGAGCCAAAACCAUCAUUGCUUUCCAGUAGCGAAGGGGAGAGACUUGCCUCAAAACUUGGGUCCUAAGGAGCAAACAGGGGUGCACAAAGAAGAUGGUGAUGCUGUGGCCUGUACUAGUGGUGGGACCACUGCCAGCCAGCUAAGUGCAGUGGCCAGUGACUCUACCCAGAGGACUCUGACAGUGAGUGCUCUGAGUGGCUGCUCCCAGACUACGUUAUCCUUCCAUUCUGCUACGCAACCAGAGACCUGCUCUUCACCCAUCUUGAAGACACCGCUGCUGUCCGGGUCUAAGGUGCGGGUAGCAGAGCUGGUAGUGGAGAGAAUGCAGCAGUUCAAGAGAGUGGCACCUGAGCAGCUAAAACACAGCAUGGAUGAUAGCUUGCCAAAGGCUGUAGCCAGUGGAGAUUUCCAUGAUGAACACCAGGAACAGAACCCAUCAGAGAAUGAUACCCACGAUCUGCCUUCCACUGACUUGUUUUUUUGUCAGAUCUGCCAGAAGGAUCUCUCAGCCAUGAACACAACACGACGAGAGCAGCAUGUUAACAGGUGCCUGGAUGAGAUGGAAGAAGCACAGAUGUCCUCCUCUAGCAAACCACCAGUCCCUGAAUGUCCCAUCUGUGGGAAGCAGUUCCAAACUCCACAGAGCCGAGCCACUCACUUGAAGCGCUGUGCUGUUGAGAUGGAUGUUCCUCCUAAGCUACUGCUUCAGGCAGUGCAGUUGCAAGUGUCCACACUCGGUAGCGCACCUCUUCAGUAUCCCAGCAAUCAACCGAGCAGGUCAAAGCGAAAAGGAUCCUCCAAAGAGGACUCAAAGAAAAAGCAGAAGAGGGCCAAAAUAGAGACUAAGGAUGAAGAUUUGCAGGUUGCUAUGGCAAUGUCACGCUCUCUGUUGGAGCAAGAAAAGCGGGAACAAGCAAAAUCAGUUACAAAUGUGAAACCAGUGGUUGCUUUGCCAAUCAAAUGGAAGCCAGGAUCAGAGAAGAAAAGGCGUAAAAGAGGCCCAGCUGCACCGCCACCAUUACUGCUUCAGGAUCCAGAGACAGCCCGCAAAAGGAUCGAAGAGCGAGUAGCCAUGCUGCUUGCACAAGAGGUGGAAUUCCCUCCCACCCCUCGGCUUCCCACUAGUAGGAUUUUGGAGGAUGGAUCUGGGAAUGCAGCCUGGCUCAUGCCAUUGCCCAAAAACAAGGACUGCUUUUUAUGGAAUUGCAGUGCUCUGACAGGACCCUGUGACCCUGAAUUGUUCUACACUGCUGGAUUAACCCCUCCAAUUGUACCUUGGAAGCCUGUGCAGAAUUGUAAGUCAGAGACCGUUCUGCUAUCGGUGGGAUCUGAUCAACCAGAAGAAUCCCAGCAACUUCAGCCUGACCUGAGUGCUCGUGAUCCCCCUUCUGUAGAGGCUGGAGGCAAAACUUUUGACGAAUCCAAGUCAGGCCCUGAAGGAGAUGGACAGUUUUUAUCUCAGAGGCAGAAGGAUAUUCAGACCCUGCAGGACCUGGUUGAGUUGGCCAGGGAAGGCCUUACUCUUACUCAGUGGAACCUUGAUGUUAACCAAGUUCAGGAAGCAGAGCAGUCAAGAAAAAAAUCGACUUCCAGUGAUACUCCACUUAGUGGCUUCGUCCCUCCAUCCAAAGAGAAGAGAUUUCUGAGAAGCAGCUGUAAGAGCUCCUCCCUCAGGUUGCUGGCUGCAGAUUUCAGUACAAUGGUCAACAACCCCCACUUGAGUGAUGUCCAGUUUCAGGUGGACUCUGGGGAAAUCUUUUAUGCCCAUAUGUUUGUGUUGUAUGCACGGUGUCCUCAGGCUGUUCAAAUCGUUCACAGCGAAGGGUUCUUAGUAGAGGAGGAUGGGAACGCGCAGACACGCCGCGUGCUGCUGAGUGACGUGACAGGAGAGGCAGCCUGUACGUUCCUGCGAUACCUUUAUGCUGCUGAUGCUGACGUCCCUGCCAGGAUGCUGCCUCAGCUGGGGGCUCUGGCUGCCAGGUUUGGUGCAAGGGAACUGAUGGCCAAGUGUGAAAUCAGCACUGGAGAAAGCCAGGUGUCUUCUGGAGUAGAUUCAGAGGAUGAUCUUAUCUCUGUGAGGGAUGACAAAGAUUGUGAGAACAGAGCUGAGAACUUCCAAGAGCUCUUGAAGUCAGUGUGGGUGGGUGAAGAUGAGGAAGAAGAGGCUGUGCUGAACCCUGAAUGCCAGAAGGAAGAUGACAAUGGGGUGGGUGAACAGGAGCUGGAGGAAAUCUAUGAGUUUGCUGCAACUCAGAGAAAGAUGGUUCAAGGUGAAACAGAGAUGAGUGAAGGCACAGAUUACAGCAUCUGCAAUGAUACUGAGGCAGCCCAAGGUGUGAACGAGCACCCUGAGAAAGAAGAGGCAAAGAGGUCUGAAUCUGCUUUGAUAAGCCCUGACUUCAAAGAUCUGAGGGAAGACAAUGACGUGGAAAGAUCCAGAUGUGACUUGCCUGAACAAGAAGAGAAAACGCAGAAUGUAAAUAGGUGCAAAAAUGUGAAUGCCACACAAAUCACUUCUGUGCCUUGCCAGGAUGAACCUCAGAAACGGGGUGUAGUAUCCCAUGGUACCACCGCUAAUGAAGGAGAGACAAUUAGGAGAUGUGAAGGUGGGAAAGACUCCAAGUCAUCUCAGGUCUCACGUGAUGUGGAAGGAGAAGACCACUGGGAAAAACAGUUGACUAGCUCCCACAGUGACACUGAUGUGAAUGAAAAUUACGAAUGCUUAUUUUCUGCAAACCAGAGAGAAUACUGUGAGCCUUCCCCAAUGAAAGAAGUGAUCAAAGAGUCAGGAAAGGCUUUGAGCGAAAAACAUGUUGAUCUUAAUGAUUUGCUUACAUGCAGUAAGUCACAAAAAGAUGUCGCUCCACAUAGAAAUGGUUUUUGUGGCAGUCCUCCUCCCAAACCUUAUAUGCCCCUUUUUCCUGCUCUUGGCUCUUCACCUAUGUCUCCAAAAUCAAAUAGGAAAUUUCCCAGAGAAGCAAAAACACCAAAGCAAAACCGAAUUAAAAAAUCAUUCCCAUUUCACGAAAUACCCUUCCAGAAAGCCAACAGGCUGGACGUUACAGCACGAUGUGAGAACACAGAGAGCAGAAUUUCUCCAGAAGAGCUUUCCCACGCUGAUUUAAACAAGCAUAAAUGUGUUUCAGUUUUGUCAUCGCCAGUCAGCAGAACUCAGGAUGUUGCAGUUCAGGGGGAAAAAGAGGCUGACGUUAUUGUUUUAUCUUCUGGUGAUGAAAUGGAGUUAGAACAAGAGAAGUCACCAGAGUCAGGCUCUCCCCUGAAGAAAAUGGAAAUCCCUGGGGAACUGAAAUGCGCUAGUGUAGAACAAGGUCCUGAGAUAACAAAACCUGAACAUAACUUGUCAUCAGGUACUGAAACAGAGCAGAGAUCAUCCCAGGUCUUGUGUGGUAUUACAAAUGCAGUACAUACAAAUAACGAUGUAAAGAUGUCCACAGAGUUGCCUUUCAGCAGCCAAGUAGGUGCUUGCAUAGAGAGCAAACAGAGUCUGAACCUGAACCGUGAAGAAGGGCUUGCUCACGAGGAGUCUUCGGGUGUGGACAGCUCCUGGCUAGUGCCGGACACACCACUUCUGAGCAAAAGCAGAAAUUUCUCAACACAGACUGAGGUCACAAGUAUUAAGUGUAUAAAGAGUCCAAGGUCUAAACUCCGGACAAAGAGCUUAGCGGUAGAUAACAGUGACCAUGAAAUGCCUUGCAGUUUCAUAAAAGUUCCUGAAACAACAUUGUCAGACAAACAAUUGCCUAUAGAGAACUCAGUCAGUGAAAGGAACCCUUCCAGCAGCCCAGCAACAGGAGCAUUUUCCAUGGACACCCCACCAGUUUCUACAGUGGAUCCAGUUCUCUCCCCUGGCUACACCAGCAUGAAAAGGAAAUGUGCCAAGAGCUCAUCUAUGUCCAAACCUGUAUCUCCACACCAUGAGCGGUUAUUGGAAGAUGAAGCAGACACCAGUGUGUUUGAGAUAAAGGACAGUGAGGGGGAAAAGGAAACAAGUCUACUUUCUUUGAGUAGUAGUGUCUUGCUCGGUGAUGAGCCCCCAAUCCCUGUUGAUGACUGCUGGCAUGCUGAAUAUCUGUCACCAGUCAGAGGUAACGGCCAGAACUCCAGCCGGGUUGACUGUGCAAGUGCCAGCACUGCCAGCAGCCCCAAACCUGACUCUUGGCCUGACCAGUGGGAGAGCCCAGUCCAAGCACAGGGAAUUAAGGGCAGUACCCCUCUUCGAGGACAUCCUGGUGACAGAAGAACAACUUUGCUUCAUCUUGAAAAGAGUCCUGUUGAGGCAUGUUCAUCAGUGGGGAGUAGACUAAGUUACCUGAACUCCAAACUCUGGGAUGAUUGGGAUGGAGAAGAAGAGGGAGAUGAACUUCCAGAGGUGCUUCCUCUGUCUCAGAGGGUGUCAGCUGCAGCAGGUGCCUGUCAGACAGAGCCUGUAAAGACUCCUGAACCUGCCUGUCAGGAGAGGGACAAGCCUCCUGAGACUCCCAUGACACCAAUGCCAGCUUACUCCAUCAUGGAGACCCCAGAGCUGAAGAAGGAGUUGAGCAGAUUUGGAGUUCGUCCUCUCCCAAAACGCCAGAUGGUGUUAAAACUGAAGGAGAUAUUCCAGUAUACUCACCAGGACAUGGACGCUGACUCGGAGGAUGAAAUCCCAUCUUCCCAGCCUCCCUUACAGAAGUCCCCAGCCAAACGCUCUAGGAAGUUGAAGGCAGACCGGACUGCAGGUGGAAAGCGUGCCAAAGCCUCAAAUGCUGUCAGGAAAAAGAAGCAGGCUGUUACAGCUUCCUCAGCGCUUGCUGCGGAGAGUGCUGGUGAUGACUUGGUUGGACCCCCUGUUGAAACAGGCUAUGCAGGAGGUAAGGAGGGACUAGAAAAGACAUAUCAGUCCAGAGGAGCCAGAGAGCAGAAGAGGUCAACUGUAUCUCCAGAGAGGGGCUCUCUGGCAGCUGAUGAUGAAGAACUGAUGCUCUCAGCAUCUCAGGAAUCUGCAACUUCUUCACUGGAUGGAAGCGACAUCUCUUUUGGGUCACACAGUUCUUUUGCCAAUGAAUUUGAGGCCUGUGCUUUUGGGUCUGAAGAGGAGGAAGAGGAGCUUCCAGCUUCUCAGGCAGCAGCCCAGGAGGCAGAUAAGCUGGAGGCAGUGAGGAACUACAUCCGUUCAAAUGAAGCCCUGUACAACAAGAUCCUCUUUUACGAGCCACUUGAGCUGGCUGUACUGCACUCAGAGCUGAAAGAGAACGGCAUUAAGAUUGCCAAAGCAAAGCUGCUGGACUUUUUAGAUGCUCACUGUAUCACCUUUACCACAGCUGCAGCCCGGAAAGAGAAGGAACAGAAAGGAAAGGGGAACAAAAAACGGAGGAGACGAUACUGAACGGAGCCCCCUCCUCCAUUUCAAGAGUCUUGUACAUCGGCACCCUCCUGAUAAGCUGGAAACCCUGUUCCACACCGGUGCCUGAUUUGCUCGUGUGAUUGGUGGGUGUGCUGCUCCUCCUUGUGGCCUGUUGUCCAGAUGACACGCUGGAGAAUGGAUCUGAACUGAGCUCCUGCUCCCACGCUGUCUGCUCUGAGUUGCACGAACUUCUCCUGUUGCUGCGUUGCUUUCUGCACAGAGUUUAACCGGAGCCUCUGUUCAUCUCCCCUGGUUUUCCAACUCCUUGCCUUAUCCUUUCUUUCCAUUUUUCUAAUAAAUUUUAGGUCUCCGAUUUUUCUUCCUUUUGGUGCUUCCAGAGGCAGGUGCUUCCUCCAGGGACACUUGCCAAGGCCCUUGCCCUGGGCUUGGGCUGUGAGGUGCUUCAUCGGUCAAGUUCCAGUAUUCAGUAGAAUAACCUGCCUGCAAGAAACCAAUCGCUUUGCCCCUGUGUAAAGCACUGACUGUUUGGACCCCAGUGACUUACGGUCUUCAUUUAUUCAGUGUGCGUUUUGCCCUGCUGAUUGUUAAGGCAGGAAGCACUGUGGAAAUAAGAGGCUUCUCUCUUGCCCUUAGUUCAAUUUGUGGUCUCUGGUUAAACUCCUAAAUCCAUGUUUCUUAAGCGGCUGCAAAACAAUGCAGCUGUUUUUCCAGUAUAUUUUUUGAUGGCUCCCGAAAGUGCCCUCCGACACCAGAUAUUGUGUGAAAGCUUUCUGGAUUCCAAAAUUCAGCUGUUUGUGUUCACUUGCAUGCUGGGAUCUGUGUUAAAGAUAUCAUCUGCUCCAUUUUCUGAGGGCUGUGUUACCUUCUCAUUGUAGCCUGACUACGUCCAUCCUUGACAGAGAUUUUUUUUAAGAAGACAGUAUUAUAGUGACCACUGGAUCUUUUCAGCACUUCUUUUAUCCUGAUCUAAACCCACUUCCUUGACCAAUCUCAUUUCCAACCUGGACUGAUCUUAAUUUGUGAACAACAUCUGGAACUCCUGGGGAAGUCUUCGACCCUAAAGUGUCAUCUUUUACGUAUUGAAUUUCAUGAGCAAUUCCGACUUUCCUGUCUUUUGAGAGUUUUGAAUCUGAAAAGGGUCUCACUCAGCAAAAUGGCCACAACGCUUUUAAAAAAGAAGUCAGAUUUCUAAACAUAUUUAUGUAUUUUGGAACAUAUAAAUAUUUUCUAUUUUUGAUACAAUAUAGCCUCAGUUUUAUUUGAUUUAUGUAAUAUACAAUAAACAAUUUGUAAGGUACUAAUGAUAAACUAUAACAAGUAAUGUCUUACAAGAGACUGGGAGGGAUUCUAAGUCGCAGUACCGGGUCUAGUCAGGAGCAGUGUGCACCUAGCACUGGCUAAAACCCUCAGCAGAGAACU